GAUCUUUUCUUCUCUGUUUUGGUGUAGACACUCAAUGUAUUUUUAGAAUAAUGAUUGUUAGAAACUAAGAAGAUCUACAGAAAAUUAAGUAAUUGAGUCCAUACACGUUAGUCAAGCCAUUUUAAUCCAUUUCUUCAUUUUAUUCCUCUGUUAAAGAAAGGCAAUAUUUGCUUACAAAACUCAGGAGUGCUGUGAGCGAUAAUUAAUGCAUAUAAGCAGCACUAUGAUUAAAGUGAAGAGCUAUGUACUUCCAAAGGAUUAUUAAUUUUAUUAUCAUCAUUAGCACUGCACUGAGCUAUUGUAAAUUGCUGAAAGAGCCAAUUACUGUGGAUUUUCUUGAGAUGACUUUGUAAGGUAUUAAAAGGAGAAUGUUACACUGCAGAAAUCUACAAUGAAGUUGUAAAACUGAGAUUACAUUCUGUGCUGUAAAAUGGUAUCAUUCAUACCAGAAGCAAAAGUAACUUGUAAAUACUGAUUAACACAAAAACAUACUAAUCUAUCUUUUAACUCAUACAGUGGCUCCUUCCCCGCUUGCUGAAAACCUCUAUUAAUGAUUUUGAGUCAUAAGCCAGAAGUGUAAUCUCAGGAAAAAGGUCAUGCCCAAUGACCUUGGCCAAUAGCCAAUAAACAACUGCAUUUCUGAAGUUUAAUGAGGGCAUAUGGACCAACUGAGCAGCUGAAUCUGACAGCGUGGAAGCUCCCACCACUGGGAAUGCUCAUGCCAGCUCCUGCAGUCCAGAGGGUGAUGAGCUGUGGCUAUCCCAUGGCUGUGACCAGACACUCGUGCUAGAGUGGGGCCAUCUGCAACACUGCUGGAUAAGAUAUCUGUGGUCCUAAGGCUUCCAGCUACAGCUUCUUAUCCCUCGCCUUGUAGCAUAUCUCCCUCAGGUAAAGCAAUCUGCUGGCACGACUGAGCUCUGAAAUGAGCUGUGGAAUAAAUCUGAUUAAAAAUGGCACCAGCAACUGUCGUUUGGGGAAAGGGUAUUUUUUAAAAAUAGAUCAUUUAUAAAGAUGUUUUGGAAUAUGGCUAAAUCUCGAGACUGUCCCCAUGAAGAUUUAAAAUAGUUUUGUCAAAACCUACUUUAAAUGGCUAUUUGGAUUAAUAUUCUUGAGUUUCCCAUGCGCACAAGCCAAAUUAUACUGUGAAGAAAAAUUCACUUAUUUCCACUGGCAGUAAGUAAUAAUUUCUUAUACAUAAUUUCAGCCUCUUAUUUGAGUAGCUACACAGACAUUCCAAUUUAGUUUCUUGAUGAGUUGAGAAUAAAAGAUUUCCCUAUUCUAAACUGAGAGAUUAAUUACAGAAUAAAGACUGUCUAUGAAGAGAGAUACUGUUAUUCUUCAUCCUUUACCAAUGCUGAGAGAAAGUAAUUAGGAGUCUAAUCAAACCCCAUGCAGGGUUCGUACGGAAGGUUAAACCACCUCUGACCUUGCUGCCACUUUACUUUUCUGGAUACUGGAAAGAGUGCUGGUUUAAUUGAAACAAUCCAGGAACCUGACAAGACACUCUUCCUGUGAUAACAAUCUCUGAAUUAUUGGAAAAUACCAUCAAGGGAGACAGCGGGGUUUGUGGCAGCUGAGAAAGUUGUCCUACAGAGCUGCCAGCACAGCCAUGCCAUUCAGGAAGAAAUAGUGGCGUGGACUCAUUCAGUUGGUGAUUUUUAGAAAGGGCUCAACCAAGCAAAGAUUGUUCUUUUUUUUUUAUGGGUUUCAUUACCAGUCAGCUUGGUUGGGACGUGAAGCCUACUUCAGUGGUGCCGUAUUUCAAUGUCUCGAUGACACUGUUGAGCUACUGACCAACAGCAUCACAUUAAAACUCUUCUGCAGCAACAGGAUGAGUGUAAUUAAUGCUGUGUGGUCAUCACAGCAUGUCUAUUCACUCAUUUUAGGCCAGAUGGGACAUCCUGAAAUUCAGACUGGAUCUACAUUAAGAUUUCUUUGUUGUGAGGGUGGGCAAACACUGGAACGGGCUUCCUAUUGAGACAGCUGAUGCUCAAAAAGCAUUUGGCCAACAUCUUCAUAAAUAUGCUUUAACUUUUGGGUAAUGCUGAAGUUCGACAAGGCUUGGUGAUCUUUGUAGGUCACUGCCAAAUGAACAAUCCCCAUUUUGUUAUUUUCUUCUGCCUUUCUUCUCCCUUUGGGGGAUUUGUCCUCGGCAACCUCUCACCAAGCCCUACUUGAAGACAUUUUGUGGAAGCAAACACCCUUCCCACCGCUCUGUGAACCACCCUUCUCUUGCAGCACGUGGCACAGAGGUCACGUGCGGCUCCACCACUACAGCGAAGUCUGUUGGCCCACCUGCAGCCUCGAAGCCGGCAGAACUGCGCCCUAAGGGAAAGAGCUGCCAACUGGGCCACCCUACCGCACACGGGGUUGGAAACGGUGGUGCGGCGGAGCCUCCCUCGGCCCUUCGGAGCCAGCCAGAGCAGCGGGAAGCCGCAGGGCCCAGCGCAGCCCAGCGCCCGGCCACGGGUGGGCGCUGCCCCGCGGGCGGCAGCUCCCGGCAGCCCCUCGCGCCUCCACGGCCGGCCUCCCGCGGGGCGCCCGCAGCGCCCCCAAUGGCCGCCUCCAAGUGCGGGAGGCGGAGCUCGGCCUGCGCGACGCGUUUCAAACGGGCGAACCGCCGGGCGCGGAGGGAGGGCGGGCCGGAGCGCAGUCCCCGCCUGGGAGUUUAAAGCGCCAUUUUGUGCCGGGCGGCGGAUAUCGAUCGUCGCUCCCUGUCGGGCGAGCGGCGGGGCGCUCGGCGCCCGUCCUCUGCCCUUCUCCGCGCCUCUUUCCCCCGUCCCUCCGCUCCCAUGACCCGCAGCAGGAAGCAGGCGGCGCUGGAGAGAGGAGCCGGCAAGAUGAACCCAGGAGCGGGGAGCGCCGCGGAGGGGGCCCGGGCGGCGGCGGCAGCGGCGGCGGCGGCGGCGGGGGCCGCCGGGAACGGAACGGCGCCCGGCGCCUGGGGGCUGGAGGGCGAUUCGGAGAAAGUUGUGUACUCGCGUUCGCAGGUCUCCUACGCCGGCACCAAGGCGCUGGGCGACGCCCUCAAGCUCUUCAUGCCCAAGUCCACCGAGUUCAUGAGCUCCGACUCGGAGCUGUGGAACUUCCUCUGCAGCCUCAAGCACGAGUUCUCCCCGGUCAUCCUCCGCAGCAAGGACGUCUACGGCUACGCCUCCUGCCGCGCCGUCGUCCCCGACCCGCCGCCGCCCUCGGCCGAGCGGCCCCGCCACCGCCCCGGCAAGCGGCGCCUCCCGCCCGCCAAGCGCCGGGCCGCGGUCACGGGCGGCUCCGCCAAGCGGCCCCGGCGGCGGCGGCGGCGCCGCAGGAGGGCGCAGGGCUGGCGGCACCGAGCGGCACCGGCGGCCGGCGGCGCCCGCGGCGAGGAGCGGGCGGCGGCGGCGGGGCCGCCGGGCGAGGAGGAGGCUGAGGCCGAGGACAGCGAGCGGGGCGGCCCGGCCGGGGAGGCCGCCUGGGAGCAGCCGUUCGGCGGCAAGUCGCUGGAGGAGAUCUGGAAGGCGGCCACCCCCCGCCUCACCACCUUCCCCACCAUCCGGGUGCGGGGCGGCGUCUGCAACUGGCGCAGCCUGGAGGCGGCGCGGCGCCGGGCGCAGCGGAUCCUCGGCGUGGACCUGUCGCCCGUGGUGCGGGUGCGCCGCCUGCCCGUGGCGCCGUCCUGAGGCGGCGGGAGGGGAGGGACGGCCGGCGCGGACAAAGAGACCGAUAUCAGUCACCUGUUUACAUUGCUUUUGUCUGGAUCAUGUUCUUCUGCUGCACUUUACGGCUCGCUAGAAUCGGGGCCGGGGCGCCGGGCCCCGGGCGGGCGAGGGGCCGGCUGCGGGUACCGCGCGUGGGGACCAAGUUCCGCUUCCACUUCUCCCGUCGGGCUACCUCACUGGUCCAGAAGUCCACCCAAGAAGUUGUUUUCCAAAGGAACUUAACUUUCAUGCUUGUAUAAUAAAGCACCAUCCGAUUCUCGUUCCCCCCUCCCCCCUGCCCUUUUCCGAUGGAUUAUGUAUGCUUUGUGGUGUUGCACUAGUAUGUGCUCAGGGUAUUUUGAAUCCCAAGCAUUCCCAAGUUUCAGUUCACUCUGACCGAGGAUGCGUAAGAAUGGAGGUUCAGGACUUGUGGCUGUUCUUGAUGGUGCAAAAACUUUUUUUUUUUUUUUUUUAAUUUCAUGGGCUUAGUGAUAUAUACAGAUGUAUUGCUCAGUAUAAUUGUUACACUUUUGUAUCUAAAAUCAUUUUUAAAGUUUUCUAGUUGAACUAAGUAUUUGUUUCUAUUGAGCACCUAAAGAUAGAAUCAUGCUGAUAUUUUAUAAACAUGUUUACUUUAGGGAAGCUCAUUUGGUCAACCUAAGUGAACUUAA